AUGGAAGAUCAAGAGAAAAUUCAAACUUUAAUCGAUAUGGGGAUUCCUCCAGAUGUGGCGAACAAUGCAUUAAGAGCAGCUAAUGGUAAUGUAGAGGCUGCUGUUAAUUAUAUAUUUUCGAACGAAUUACCUCCUCAAGCAUCACAAAUGCCCGAAUUACCACCAAGAAUUGAUGAGAAUUCCGAUAAUAAUACUAAUACCAAUGUCUACAAUGACAAUACAGGAAAUACUAUUCCUAUAUCUGGGUCCAAUGGAUUCCAACCUGGCGAUCUGAACAAGUAUUUGACCGACAAAAAUAAUGCAAUUGUGCAAGAUACUGAUUCCACAUCCCAUAAUGCCACUAUUAAUACUUCGUUUAUUAACAAUACUACCACUACCACUUCCAAUUCAAAUUCAAAUUCAAAUCCGAAUACAAAUUAUAUGUCGGAAAGUGAUAUAGAUAUAGAUAUGAUGACUUCCUCAACAAGAGAAUUAUCUACAGAUAUACGUAGUCAAAGUUUUAAACCUCAAGCAAGUUAUACCUCUACUCAUAAAUUACAAAUCUCUGACCCUACUGUAUUAUUACCUUUAUCACAAAAUUGUCUUUUGGAAAAUUAUUUGAGUUUAUUUCUUUAUUCAUUAUGUAUGCUAUGUCCUUUACAAAUAUUUGAAACUCAACAAUUUAAUGAUUUGAUGUAUAAUAAAAAAUGGUAUUCAAUUUCAAAUAAUAAUGAAAACACAACAACUGAUUCACUUUUUUUACAAUUGCAAAGAGUCACGUCUAUUAUUAACUCGAGAAUGUCUGAGCGAGCCUUUAUCUCAACAAAGAUGUUUUCAUUUGCCUUUAACAAAGAUUUAAAUUAUCUAUUAAGUCAAUCAGAUCAUUUGAAUGAAAUAUUUAAUCCAUUUAUUGAAUCAUUAGUGACAACAGUAUUACCACCAAUUUUUAAAGAUAUCUUAGUGACAACAGCUAUAAACAAAGAUUCUCAAACAAAUGAAAUAUUCAGAUCACCAAUAAGUAUGAUUAAUUUUUUACCUGAAGAAUAUGAAUCUAAUCUAUACAAGAUGUUUAAUAAUUUGGUUUACCCCAAUGAAUAUGGUAGAAAUGAUGAUGAACAAUCUGAUGAAUCUUUACAAACAGAUGAUGAUGAUAAUGAUGAUGCAAAUGAUUCUGCCUUGGAAGAAAUUUCUCCAAUUUUUACUAUUCUUUUUGAAGAAUAUGAUGAAAGUGAUUCUUCUUCCACUACAUUACCAGAGGGAGUAGAAAUACCUUUACAAUUUUAUCCACAAUUAUAUUCUAAAAAAGUUAAUGAUCAAUUAAUUAAACAUAUUAUUUCCAAAAGAAAAGAAGCACAAUCGAAAUCAAGAUCCUUAUUGAACGAAAUUAAUUCUUUGAAAAGUUUCCAAGGUAAAGAUAUAAUGAAGAUAUUACAAAGUACAAUCGAUUAUAUUGAAAAAGAUUCUCAAAGAGAAACAAAAAGUGCUAAUAACCUAACUAAUAUUUUAACAGAAAUGAAAAAUUGUAAAAAUUUGAAAAUGGAUCAAUAUAAAGAAUUGACAAGAAAGUUACAUUCAGAAUGGAAUUUGUCACAUCCAGAAGGUUCUAUCAUUGAAACUGCAAAACAAUUAAAUUUAAUCGACUCCCCUUAUAACUUAUCCAUGGUUAUAUUCUCACCGGAUUUAUAUUUAAUUAAAAAGGCAAAUGUGGAUUGGUAUUUGAUAGAUUGUAGAAGCAUUAACCAAAUGCAAAAUAAAAAUCGUAAUAAUAAUAACAAUAAUAAUAAUCCCGAUCUAUUUGUAUUAAGGAAAUGUAACUCAGAAAUUGAAAUUCAAGAUAUUAUUAAACAAAAGACAAGAAAUCCAAGUGAAACGCCAUUGAUGUUUAUUUAUUGUAAAGAAAGUUUCCUUCCAAAUGAAGACGAUGUAAUGAAAUCUUUUGAAUCAAAUAUGGCUUGUACUAAGUUUUUGAAAGAAGAUCAAUUGACUUUAAAUGAAUCUAAUAUGAAUUCUGGAGAAAGUGAUAUUGAUAUGGAUCAAGAUGAUCAUCAAGAUUUUGAAGAAUAUGGUUCCCAAAAUUCUCAUUAUGAUGCAAGCGUAAGCAAUAAUAAUAAUACAUCUGAUAUGAGAAAUAUUACUGAUCCAUAUGGUGAAAAAAAUGAUCAUAUGACAGUUAAUAAUGAUAACGAAUUUGAUAUAAUGCAUGAAGAAAACGUGGUAAUCAAUGAUGUAAUCACUGAAGAUACUAAAAAUAUUGACGAUAUAGAGCAAGAUGAAUCAUUAGAUAUUAAAGUAGAAACUGAUUCAAUUAAUGGCGAUGAACCACAAGAUUUAAUAGUUAAUGACAAUGAUAAAUCAGAUGAGAAUGAUAUGAAAGUUGGCGCUAUACAUUUAUAA